GCUCGGCCGCUGGCGGCGCUGCGUGCCCUCAACUCGACGUCGCUUUUGGACAUGCUGGCGAGGCCAUGGACAUUGUCGAGGAUUUCGGAUGAGCCCAUUUUCAAAAAGGGCUGGCAUGGAGGCAGCAAGGAGCUGUGGGAGGAAAUGCUGUCGCUGGCUGAUGCGGCUCAGAAUGGUCGCGAUCUGUACUACGACACCUUUGUCUCGUCUGAUCUUGACAUUGCCUGGGACGACGGCGCCACCCAGGAUGAGCCGUACUGGACUCGUCGUAGUGGUGCUUUUACCUCACCGGCAAUCAAGUUCUUGCCACAUGAGGCGCAUACGGCUCGGUUUAUGUUGUUUGAGCCCAAGGUUGCUUUCCAUCCCAGGUCUGUCGAUCAGGUCGGUGAGGCCGUCGACGAGGGCAGCGACGGCGGGCCGGCCCAGACAGCGUGGCACAACCGGUGGCGGUCGGUGCUGAGCGGACUCGGGAGCGGAAGUGAUGCGAGCGAUGGCGGAUCGUGGGCGCCGGCUGAGCGUGAUGCUGCUGAGGACGCCGAGGCUGCAGCGGCGCAAGAGGCGAGCCCGGCGCGACCGGACCUUCGCCCGCUGUGCAUCCUGCUGGCGCCGACGGGUGAUCACGGGUACACGCGGCGCCGGGUGCUGCACGCACAACCGCUGGCCAAAAUGGGCAUUGCCACGCUUGUGCUCGAGACGCCGUUCUACGGCGAGCGCAAGCCAGAGGGCCAGUUCCGGUCGUCGCUCCACCACGUGUCGGACCUGUUUGCCAUGGGCGGCGGCCUCGUCUCGGAAUCACUCUCGCUCAUGCACACUUUUGCGGCCGAGCAGCGGUUCAAUCUGUUUGGCGUCUCGGGCGCGUCGCUCGGCGGGCAGAUGGCGUGCCAUGUGGCCGGCGUCUCGCGCAUGCCGGUGGCGCUUGUGCCGUCGAUCACGCCGCACUCGGCGGCUGGCGUCUUUACCGAGGGCGUGCUCUCGUCGUGGUGCGCGUGGGAGGCGCUCGACGCGCAGUUGCCGCAGUUUGUGGAGACGCUGCCGGAGACCCGCGACCGAGGCGGCUCCGUGACCUCUGUCGACUUUAUGAACGCUGUUCUCGACCGGACGACCGACAUCCGGCGGUAUGCGCCGCCGCUCGUCCCGCAGGCUAUCGUUCAGAUUGCGGCUCGGGCGGAUGGCUACGUGCCGCAGCCGGGCGAGGCGCUUCACAAGCACUGGCCCGGCUCGCAACUGUGGUGGGUGUCGGGCGGACACAUCAAGGCCUAUGUUGCUCACUUUACUCUGUACCAGCGAGCAGUGCACGAGGCGUUCUCGCAGCUUGUCGCUGCCACGCAAGCCACCGGCGACAGCGCGAGCGCGUAG